AUGGACAGCGGGAAGUACGCAUCGAUCAGAUUUGAAGUUCCCGCGGAACUACAUUCCUUCGAACAACUUUUAGUGGCAAAUGGCAUUUCUUUGGUCGAUUUGAUAUCCCUCUACCAGGCUGAAGAGGCUCGCGAGGAGCUUUGUGAUCAGUUGGACUGGCCACUUGACCAAUGUACAGACUACAUCAAUCUAGUGAUGGAUUCGGUUAAAGAAAGCAUACGCCCACAAAAGAAACGUCUCUCGCAAAACACAAGUGCUGUCAGCACGGGAUUACUGCAGUUGGAUAUGCUAUUGCACAAUGGCAUUCAAGUUGGAUCCGUCACAGAAGUGUUUGGCGCUAGUGGAUGUGGAAAGUCUCAAUUGCUUUUGCAGAUAGCGUUGGAAGCUCAGGGUAAGAGGAAAGAGGAAAAUACUGACAACUUUAGAGGCAGAAGCAUCAUUAUUUCUACCGAAUCGGCACUCGAGACAAGACGAUUGCAAGACAUGUGUAUCCAUCGAGGCUUGCCCGAUGCUCUAGAUAAUAUAUCAUACACAUACUGCCAUGACGUGGAAAACCAAGACCACAUCAUUUUCACUCAGCUUCCUGCAAUGUUGGGAUGGAGUGCUGGGCCAAGACUACAAAGUUGUUAUCAUUGA